GUGCUUUGUACGUGCUUUGCCUGCUGUUAGUUUACUAGAUAUCGCGAUGAAUGUCAUGCAACAACACAAGUUAAGUAGGGCCUAGUUAUGAUUGACAGGUAAUUAUAGGCUUAUAGCCUAGAUAAAGAGGACACUAGCUGCUUGGUAACAUGGUAAACCUGUAGGCGAGAUAUCAUCCACAACCAUGACAUUGGAGGCCAGACACUCUGAGGUAUGUUGUCUGUCUGCAUUUGUCUAAAAUGAAAAAGGGAGGGAGCAGCACAAAUACCGCACAGCCAGACGCCAUGCAGGGGGAGCCCUCCCCUCAUCCCUGAGUGCUGAAAUGUCUGGACUGGAGCCUUAGUGUGUCAUCAGAUAGUGUCAGACUGCAUCCAGCAGGGGGGAUGAUAAGAGUUUAUUGGAAGUAGCCUUUCAGACACCCUGUGGAAGAUUUUCCUCUAAAAUACAUUUUCAAUCAGUCAGACAGAUUUGGUCAUUGACCUUUUCAACAGUAGUUUCUCCAGACCAGACUGUCAGGGGUUUUAGCGAGGAGCCAGUAUGGAGUGGUCACUAGAAAGGGUGAGGGAGAUGGUGGCUGGAGGGAUGCAGUCUAUGAGGGACUGUGAGUCCAGUGCCUUUGGUACAGCCAUGUGCCUGCUGCUGCUCUUUGUGUGGUACUGUUACAGGGUAGGUCGUGAGCACAGCUCCUCUCCCCUGCGUGGGGGGUACAGCAAUGAGCCCAGUCGAGUAGGAGGGGGUGGGGGGGCCUUGAUCAGCACAGAUGGAGAUGGUAGGGCUAAAGGCAGGCCGGUGUCAGGGGUGGAGGAGCAGAACGGCUUUGCUUACUGCCAGUCCACCGAGUGUUUUCGCUGCACCAACACAGGGGAGGGUCUUAAUCAGAGGCUGUACCACAGCUUGCAGGAUUACGCCAAACGCUACACCUGGUCAGGCAUGGGUAGGGUACACAAAGGGGUACGAGACCAGGGCCGCUACCUCACCAGCCGGCCCACCAUCCAGAGGCCAGAGGUGUUCUUCCUCCCUGACCUGCCCUCAGCACCCUUCUUCUCCCGGGACGCACAGAAACACGACGUGGAGCUGCUGGAGAGGAGCUUCCCUGCUCUGCUGGCUGAAUUUGAGAACAUCUACCAUGCCCCACCAGCGCGGGCUGGCUCCUCCCUGCCUCCGGGCUGGAAGGCCAACAGCACCCCCCAUGGCCAGUGGUGGACCUUCUACCUGGUGAACCAGGGAACUCCGCUGGCCCUCAACGCCAGGAGGUGCCCCCGGGCCUGGAGGGUGCUGGGCCAGCUGCGCACCUUCAUUGCCAACAACGUGUUUGGAAACGCCUGCUUCUCUGUGCUGACCCCCGGAGCCCUGAUCACUGAGCAUUACGGCCCAACCAACGUCAGGCUGCGCUGCCACCUGGGUCUUAGAGUGCCCUCUUCCUGUGAGCUGGUAGUUGGAGGGGAGCCGCAGUGCUGGUCUGAGGGGAGCUGUCUGCUGUUUGAUGACUCCUUCCUCCACAGGGCAUUCCAUGAGGGCAGCCCAGAGGAUGGCUCCAGGGUGGUCUUCAUGGUGGACCUCUGGCACCCUAAUGUGGCAGCUGCUGAGAGGCAGGCUCUGGACUACAUCUUCACCCCUGGACGCUGAGCAGACGGUGGGGUGCUGUGGGGUGGGGGGGGGGAGAGAGAACGAGAGACAGAGCUACAGAGAAACACAGAGAGGUAAAGAGAGACAGAGAGAAUGUGUCAGAAUUGAAGAGAGAGUUGGUGAGAAAAGUAGAGAAGAACAGUGUGAGUGAGGUGAGAGAUCUUCUUUGUCUCUUGUUCCGUUCCCACACUCACUGUGUACAUAUUCUCUGUCGUGUUGGAAUUGGCUCUCUCCCUGUAACUCUCCCUUAGCACCUACUGACUUUGACCAAACAGACGUAAUGUAAAAUGUUACAUUUGAAUGUUUACAGCCCCAAUCCUUAUAUCUGUGAUUAUCCCUGCCCGUGUGUGAUAGUUUACUGUGCUCUCCUUUAGAAAUCAAUACAGCUUUCACAAAAACAGUUGGAUAAGCACAUAGAAAAUGUUUUUCAGAGAUCAAAUGAUUUGCUAGAGACUGCCUGUGUUGUUGCUACACAGGAGAAAUGGUUGUAUUUGCAGUAGUGGGGAAGUCACUGGGGAAGCCAGAAAAAAAGCCAUAUUACAACCUAUGUGUUGUGAUAAUUGCGUUGUUUGCUCUAUAACCUGUUAAUUCAUAUGCCUUGCGACUGUGAUAUAUAGGUCUAAAGACAGAGACAAUAAGAAGACAGUGGCAGAAUAAAUUCAACCACCUUUGUUUUAUCACAAAACCGGAUAGCAACCUCUGUCCGGUUCAGUCCACAAAGCAUAU